AAUCAUUGUCAGAAUUCUUCUCCUCUGAGCCCCGUGUUGACGAUCAAUUAUCAUGACGGCAACUUCUUAUCUAGUCCUUCUUCUUGUGGGUGUGGCGCACGCCGGGGAGAUCAUAACUUCUCCACCGACGACAAACUGGGGCGUUUGGGGGGCUUUUGACCGAUGUCCGAAUGGUACCUUCGCGAGAGGCUUCCAGCUCAAGACGGAGCCCUACAAAGGCCCCCUCAUCGACGACACUGCAGGAAACGCUAUCCGUCUCUACUGUGGAGCACCCGGAGUGGAUGAAGACGCCGGGACGGUGACCUCGUCUGAAGGGGCGUACGGUGUGUGGGGGUCAAUCUCUUCAUGUCCGAUUGGUUCGUACAUUAACGGAUUCGCCCUGCGCGUCGAAGUGAACGGAAUUGACGACGAGACGGCGACGAAUAACGUUCGUUUUUAUUGCAACACGUUACCCGACCCCCUUGAAGGGGACGGACUGGGUUUCGGUCUUUGGCGUGACUCCCGUCGCUGCUCAACGAGCGAAGCGCUGUGCGCGUUCCAGACGCAGAUCGAAGCGCCUCAAGGGUUGGCCGAUGACACCUCUUUAAACAAUAUUGCUGCGGAGUGUUGUGAUCUUCCCGUGCCGACGACGCCACCGCCAACGACGACGACGCCGAGGCCGACGACCACAACACCAACAACGACGACGCCAACGACCACGACGUCUCAGCCGGAAACAACGUUAUAAAUAAUUUGAGAAAUAAAUAUUUUUAGCUUCUACAUAUUUCUCGAAAUAAAUUUAUUACGAAUCUUGUCUUCAAAUUUAAUUAAAAA